AUGUUUGCUGCAGCGACCAAAAACUUUGUGAAGCAGGUGGGAGACACAGGGAGGUUGAUCCCUGUCCCGAGCCUGAGUGAGGCUGACCGCUACCAGCCCCUCAGCCUGGUUACCAGAAAGAGGAGGAAGCAUUUUUGGAAGAAGGACAAGUAUGCCUCAACACCUUUCUCACUGAAAGACAUCCUGGUGGGCGAGAAAGAGAUCACAGCAGGGGUUUCUUCUUACCAACUCCUCAACUACGAAGAUAAAUCUGAUGUAGCUCUCAAUGGUCGGUUAGGGAACCACAUCAUCAAUGAUGUGGGGUUCAACAUCAGCGGGUCAGACUCAGUGGCUGUAAAAGCCUCCUUUGGCAUUGUGACCAAACACGAGCUGGAGGUGCCAACGUUAUUGCGUGAACUCAACUCCAGGAAGGUGGACCUGGAUCACUGCCUGAUUCGUCAGUCAAAGGAGAGCGGACGCAGUGUCCUCUGUGUUGUCGUGGAGAGUAUUCGCACCACGCGUCAAUGCUCUCUGACCGUGCAUGCUGGCAUGAGAGGGACCACCAUGAGGUUUCAGAUUGACGACGGCAGAAACCCCAAAGGUCGAGACAAGGCCAUUGUCAUCCCAGCUCACACCACCAUCGCCUUCAGCAUCUGUGAGCUCUUUGUUCGACUGGAUGGACGACUUGAUGACCGAACAUUCGAAGAGCUCACCCACUCUGACACCUACAUGGACGACAUGGUGACCGACUACUACGAGAAGGCUGCCAGCAUGACGGACAUUUCCACCGCUUACUUGAGGGAAAGCUCACAUACAAGGGUCAACCUCCUCAAACACAACAUCCCCAAGGGCCCCUGCGCACUCUGCGGGAUGGGCAACCAACGGCGGGAAACCGUGUACGGCUGCCUGGAGUGCUCGACUGGGGGCCAGAAAUACGUCCGGCUGCAUGUGGUACCCUGUUUUGAUCUCUGGCAUAAAACCUUGAGGUGA